UUUCUAUGAUAAUGCAUUUAAAUUAUUAGGAUUAAAUUUAGUGGAAAGUAAAAUUUAAUUGAAGAAUAAGACAAAAAUUAAAUAGAUGAUAAACAUAAGUCGUUAAGAUAAAAUGAGAUAAUAAAUUUGUGAAUGAGAUUUUAAGAAACAAAAUGUGACCAUUAUAAAAAAGAAAAAGGAUGAAAAAUAAUUACGUUAAACUAAAAUGCUGCAAAUGGAGAGGGACUUCAAAAUCAAUACAAACUCCUUUGUGUGGCCUUCAAGUUUUCAACAUUAUAAAACCUUAACUUCUCUACAAUCUAGCAAGUCAACCAAUUAUCCCACAAAACAACCCAAAAAAUAAUGGAAUCACCAAAAAAUUUUUGUCAAAAUAUCCCCAAAAACAACCCAAAUGAUGAUGAUCUUCCUCCCAUUGCAGUAGUAAUGGUCCCACUUCCAGCCCAAAGCCAUCUAAACCAACUUCUCCACCUCUCUCAACAAAUCACCUCACAUGGAAUCCCUGUACAUUUUGCUAGUUCUCCCAGCCAUAAUACCCAAGCCAAACUCCGUCUCCAUGGUUGGGACCCACAAAGCUUAAAGAAAAUCCAUUUCCAUGAUUUCGAUCUUCCUCCAUUAAUGUCUCCUCUACCUUCUACCAACCAUGGCUAUUCUAUCCCUUUUCCUCCCCAUUUUUACCCUCUUUUUAAAGCUGCUACCCAUUUUCGUGAACCCAUUUGUAAUCUCUUACAAAAACUCUCAACCAUGUUCAAAAGAGUUGUUGUGAUUCAUGAUAUCAUAAUUGCUUCUGUAGUUCAAGAUGUUAAAAACAUCCCAAAUGCUGAAUCUUAUAGUGUAAUACCCAUUUCUGCUUUUACUCUGUUUUUUGAUUUCUGGGAAACUAUGGAUCAAAAACCAUUUGAUCUAAAUGAAUCUGAUAUUCCCAAAUGUAUCCCCUCGAAACAAGGGUGUACUACCCCUGAAAUUGAUGAAUAUGUAGCAACCCAAUUCGAGUUUUUAGGUUUGGAAUCUGGAAGAAUCUACAACACAUCUAGGAUAAUUGAAGGUAAAUAUGUAGAAUUAAUGGAAAAAUUAACCCCAAAAGAUGAAAUCAAACACUUUGCUUUAGGACCAUUCAAUCCUGUUGGAUUAGAAAAAAUCGACUGUAAAAUCAACACAAAGAGACAUCCAUGUUUGAAAUGGCUGGAUCAGCAAGAAAAUGAUUCGGUCAUAUACAUAUCUUUUGGGUCAUCAACAUCACUGAAAGAUGAACAGAUCAGAGAAUUGGCAAUUGGGUUGGAGAAAAGCGAGCAGAAGUUUUUAUGGGUAUUGAGAAACUGUGAUACAGCUGAUGUUCUUACACAAAUUGAAUCAAAAUCUCCACAAUUACCAGAAGAAUAUGAAGAAAGGAUGAAAAACAGAGGGAUAAUUGUAAGAGAUUGGGCUCCUCAAUUAGAAAUAUUGGGUCAUCCGUCGGUUGGCGGGUUUAUGAGUCAUUGUGGAUGGAAUUCGUGCAUUGAGGGUAUUAGUUUGGGGGUAGGUAUUGUAGCUUGGCCUAUGCAUUCGGAUCAGCCCAGGAAUGCGGUUUUGAUUACUGAAGUUUUGAGGAUUGGUACGUUGAUUAGGGAUUGGGAUCAGCGUGAUGAGUUGGUAACAUCGUGUAUGAUUGAGAAGGCUGUUAAAAUGUUGAUGGAUACUGAAAAAGGAGAGAUGAUGAGGAAGAGAGCUGUGGAAUUGGGUAAUGAUGUUAGAAGAUCGGUUGAUGAAGAUGGUGUUGCUUAUUCUGAAAUGAAGUCUUUUAUUGAUCAUAUAACUAGAUGAUCUUUGUGGAGUAUUAUUUAUUAUUUCCCAAUAGAGCCAUAUAUUGAUGCAUACUUCAUGUAAUUGUUAGAAAAUAACACAUAAUUUCGCAUCAAAAAAUUAGAGAGAGGUUGACUGAUAUAUAUAUUUGAUCGAAUACUUCUAAUAUCAAUUCGUUUAAGGAAGAAACUUUAUCGGGAUUGUGUUCAACCAGCUUUUCUCUAAUGCGAGUCUUGUUAUGUACAAAUCUUAUAAUAAAUAUAUGAAUAUAGUUCUAUUUUUUUACCGUACUAUGUGUUAUAGUUGUAAUAAUAAUACAAAAGAUUGUUUAUAAGUGAUUAUAAAGCAAAUUGCUAA